CACGAAGUUCUAUCAUUUUAUUCGCACAGCAUUCAGUAAGGCUAGAUUACGAUUAUCCAUUUGGUUUUGAUUAUUUUUUCGGUAAAACUCUGUAGAAUAAUGACGUAAACUCUUAAAUGAAACGUUAGUGGUGAAGGAAAAAAAAAGAAGUCGAAGGAAUGGGCGGAGUUUGCGCCUGUCGGGAUACAAGGUAAAAGACGUAAAUUUGUUUAUAUAUUUUCCAAGGGAUUUACGGACGGUGUAUCGAAGGAUCAGUUUUGAUACAUUUUUAUCAAGGUUCGGGGAAAUUUGAAACGUACGCGGUACAGGUUAAGGAGAACGGAUUACGAAAAGCGACGAGGUCGCGUCGUAAAUAAAGUGGAUGCGCACGCGGACAAUAACACGAUAGAGCGAGCGAGGAACACGCUUUGGCCGGAGAAAGAAGGAAAUGAAUCGAACGCUCUGAUUGGUCGAGGCGGCUAUAAUGGCCGCCGAUUGGCGCACGCACGCACCCACACCAAGCACUCUAUAUGCACACAGACGCAUGUACACGCGUGUGCAUCAGGAGCGUACCAGUCGCUCGCGGCCGAGAAGAGUGAAAAGAGCGACAGAAACGGUCGGUCCGCGCGUUGCCUUGUAAGGCGGAGGGAGAGUUGGUGUGUGACGUCCGUGCGCGGAUGGCUCGAAGAACGCCGAUUUUCCUCAGCUUCUACAACGUAUCCUUGCCAAGCGAAGGAAGGAGCGAGUGAAAGGAGAGUGCAUGCGGCCCGGGCACGACGCCGACCGUCGACACAAUCGUGUAUACGUAAAAUCCGACAAUCCGUCAAGUUUAAAGCUGCCGAAGCUGCACCGUUUUUAUCAUCCUCGUAGUGUGUAUACCAAUCUAGAAACCGAUUAUUAGUCACGCAACGUGGAAUGCUCCUAAGGCAAAGAAGACAAGAUACGAAGACAAAGCUGUAACAGAAGUAAAAGGGGUAACGAAGGGCAUCCAGAAAGGUAGAGGCAGAAUGAAAGCGUGAGCGAGCAAGCGAGAGACGAAAAGUGAUCAAGAGAAGCGAGAACGAGUUAAAACGCGAAACGAGAUACGUAAGAGACAAAGGCCACGGCGGCAUAACCUCCAAGCGACCCGAUCGUGCCGCGCAUUAUAGGAAUUCCUUGUCUUUGUGGAUCGCCCCGAAGGAGUAUUUGGUACACAUUAUUUACGAGAGAUUAUAUUUUUACAAGUGCAUGCCUGCUGCCUGGGCUUCCAUAUAUGAAGUGUCGCACGAGUGAGAGGGAGAGAGAGAGCGAGAGAGAAAGAAAGAGAAAGAGAGUGAGAGAGAGAAAGAGAGAGAGCACGUGCAUGGAACGUAUUUCCUCCAAGUACUGGAGUCGUCGCCGUCAUUGUUAAGUGAAAGAGCGGGACGGUUGUUUCUACGAUCGUGUUUUUCCGCGACACCUGGUAUACGAUAGACCAUAGUCCGCGAGUGUUGUCUGCUGCGUGAACGAAUUCAUUCUUGCGACGGCACAAAGAAACCAAGAAAAAGACAAGAAAAGAAGAGGAGGGACGGCGGAUAAUAUUCCCAGUGUGUAGUCCACGGUUGAUGGAUGAAACUAGCAGGAUGUUGCAACACGGUGGAUCAGGUGUUGGUCUAAUGGGAGGGAACCAGGGCCAGGGGGCCCAAAAUACCGCCGGGUACGGAAGCAUGGGUCCCGUCGAUGGAACCGCGUCACAGGGUCCGGAUCAGGCUGCCGAAGCUAGGAAGCAAGAUAUCGGUGAAAUACUUCAACAAAUCAUGAACAUCACCGAUCAGAGUUUGGACGAGGCACAAGCAAGGAAACACACCUUGAACUGUCACAGAAUGAAGCCGGCCCUGUUUUCGGUUUUGUGCGAGAUCAAGGAGAAAACAGUGAUUUCGUUACGAAACACUCAGGAAGAGGAGCCGCCAGAUCCGCAGUUAAUGAGGUUGGACAACAUGUUGAUCGCGGAGGGAGUUGCCGGGCCGGAGAAGGGCGGCGGAGCGGGGGCGGCGGCAUCAGCGUCGGCGGCUGCAGCGGCCGGACCACCUGGACAACCUGACAACGCCAUCGAACAUUCGGACUACAGAGCCAAGCUCGCUCAAAUCAGGCAGAUCUACCAUCAGGAGCUGGAGAAAUACGAACAGGCGUGUAACGAGUUCACGACCCACGUGAUGAAUUUGCUGAGGGAACAGAGCCGUACCAGGCCGAUCACGCCGAAGGAGAUCGAGAGGAUGGUGCAGAUCAUUCACAAGAAAUUCUCGAGCAUCCAGAUGCAGUUGAAACAGUCCACCUGCGAGGCCGUCAUGAUCCUCAGGAGUAGAUUCCUCGACGCGAGGCGUAAGAGACGAAACUUCAGCAAACAGGCCUCGGAAAUCCUGAACGAAUACUUUUAUUCGCACCUCAGUAAUCCUUAUCCGAGCGAAGAGGCCAAGGAAGAGCUCGCGCGAAAAUGCGGCAUCACCGUGAGUCAGGUUUCCAAUUGGUUCGGCAACAAGAGGAUACGCUACAAGAAAAACAUAGGUAAAGCACAGGAGGAGGCGAACUUGUACGCAGCCAAAAAGGCAGCUGCAGCUUUUGCAGGAGCGUCGCCGUACAGUAUGGGUGGCGCCAGCCAGGGCACACCGACGCCGAUGAUGUCCCCGGCGCCUCCCGGCGGGCCCCAAGACAUGGCCGGAUACGGAAUGGGCAUAAACGGUAGCGACUAUGGCUCGCAACCGUACAACGACGGCUCCAUGGGCUACGAUCCUAUGCAUCAGGGCAAGGCAUUGGCUGGGGGGCCAGGCGCGGCGGGAUGGAUGCAACAACGCGAGGCGGUGCCGGAAUUUCCGCCACUCCACGAUUCAGCGGACUCUGAUUCCGACCGAGAGAAUGAAAAACGACCGCGCGUCUAAAGUUACUUUUGGAAUGUGCGAGCUAGUAUGGUAACGAACUUAAUAAAAACAGUAAAAAAAAAACACACUAACACACACACACAGACAGACAGAUACACACACACGGAAAAAGAGGAGAAACGAAGCAGAGUGUAUGUUAGAGGACGAGGAAAAACAAAGGUACACGCCACCGGGCAACAAGAACUACCAACACCGUCACUCGCCACUACCACCGAUACGCACACACUCCCGUCGACACUCACACACGCGCUGUUUGCGCGCACCUCCGAGCCACAUACAAGGAGAUAAUGUUCGUUGGUGUUCCUACGAUAAUUAAUAACGCUAGUUUCCGGUUUUCGAACAUUUUUCUCUUUUUUCUGUUGAGGGAGAAGGACGGGUGCGCGAAGAUGCGACGCUGAGCGCCACGCGCGGUUUCCGACGGUAUCACGGACGGGACGGCCAUUUUGCCAACCGUGUGCUGCUCGCUUGCGAUUUUCGUGACGGAAUCGUAGCUUCGGGAGCGAACGAAUCGAACGCGUGACCGGUGAAACGGUCUCGCGAGAACGGAACGAUUUUCUACCAGCGUUCGCAUCUUGUUCCGCGCGUCCUUCGAUCUUGUUACUUGAUCUUGCCUUAUCGAGCGACCGUGCGCGACCGUACGCGUCACGUAAUUACGAAGGAUUCAAAUAGCGAAGAGUUGAAAGGGGAUUAUAGGGAGCCGGAAAGAAAGGGAGAGAGUACGAGAGAGUGGAAAGGACGGCGAACGAUAAGAAUCGGCGUAGGCCAAUGUGCUCCUAAAGAACGUAGGUUCGCUUCUCUUUUAAGACAAUAUGACGGCGUACUGACGCCUAGCUAAGGAGAGAAAGGGAGAGAACGUACACGAAUCGACUAGUUUUUAUUUUUACAUAUGCUAUAUACACACACCUAGAUAGAUUUAGCUUGUACAGAUAUUUUUAUUCUUCCCCCCCAAAUCCUCCCCGAUGUUUUCUCUUCGAGUUCUUCUCACGAUAUUUCUUUUAAACACUUGACUUCGUUUUGCAACCACUUUUUACAUCGUAUUAUGUAUCCUUCCACUAUAUAUUCUUGCGUAGCGUAAUUUUUAUUGCUGGGUACGGAUUUAAAGGAACGAAACGUCGCACGUCGCGAACGCGGGAAUUUUUACUAAUCUCACUGCGAGAGACGCGUCGUUGAAACUUGGUAUUUUAUCGCAGGCAGUUUUAGCAAUUGACAAUUUACUCGUUUUUAAAUCUGACCCCAGCACGGGUGUAUCGUGUAAUGCUAGCGAAUGUUUCCUACGUUCAAUUAUGGUUUAAGUUCCGAGUUUUAAAUUUAGCUUCCGAGUUAUACUUUGCAGCGACACGCGGACGAUGUUUGCGUGCUGAUUUGUUCCCUUUCGUUUCGACGCGAGGACACCAUUCGCUUGUUCCGUGUAAAAAAAAACAAAAAAAAUGUAUUUAAUCCGUUGCGUCGAUGAGCAUUGACCAUUCUUUUCAAUGUUUUCCUCAAUUAUUAUUUAUUUCUGUAAACAUACGUAUCGAUCGUUUCCGAUUCGCGAGUGUCCUCGCUGCAGGAAGCGAGUCGUCAUCGUAUCCUUUGUUACGUUGAACAAUUGUGUGCAUGAUUGUACCCACGAGCGAACCGAGAACACCGAAGUCGAAUUCCCACUUUUCGUUCGUUUUUUGUAAACCAACGAUUCAGCACGAAAUCUUAUUAAAAAUUCGUUCCCUUUUACUAUGCCGUUUCUUUCUUUUUUUUUUUUGUCCGUUAAUUUCAUCACCCGACACACGCAGCGUCGAAUCCAGAAUAUCGGCCCCGUGCUCCGACCUGCUUGAAACGAGAGAGCACGAGACCUCGUCGACGAAUCGACGAAAAACAAGCUUUACGAGAAUCCCGGUUCGCGUUAGUUUCGAACGCGGUUCGGUUCACGCGGGGGGGUUGGGGGGCGGAAAAAACGUGUUCGGGGGUAAAAUAGAAGGCAGCUCGUAUCGCGCAAAUAAGAGAAGAAUCGCCGGGAGCGCAGAGGACCGAGCAUCGAAUUGGAAUUUUAUCGAUACCGCGCUUUUUCCAGACGAACGAAAAACAUACAGCCUUUCGAAAUCGCGGCGCAAACACGCGAUCCGACUGGAUUUGACGCUUGAAUUAUACGAUUGCGCCUGUCUACCCUUAGUUGGUCGUACGUACGUAGGUACAUAUGUAUUGUGUAUACGUAUACAUGUGUAUAAAAAUAUAUAUAUUCUAUACUUUCGUAUCUGUAUAAUCCGUGUGUCACCGUCACGAUGACAACUUUCAACCAUGAACUGGCCAGAGACGUAAGGAUUGCGUUCCGACCAAGUUUCCUUUCAACCGUGCCGCGUGCAUGAACAGUCGCCGGAAAGGUACAAAAUCAUUUCCAGGACAGGGACGAUACACGAUCGUCCGUAAUUGGCACGAAACGACGAGGAAUUGGUUCGGGGGACGAGUCGGGGGAACAAAUUUUUGCUCGGUUGUUCGCGCGACUGUGAUUCACGUUCGCGGUACACGGCCGGUGCUGUUUGCUUUCAGGAGCUGUCGCCUUGAAAUACUUAGAGGAAUCGCAAGAAGAAACGCAAAACAGACAAUUACGAGAGUCGGUACGAUGUAGGAAAAAAAAAACGCAUAUGUGUAAGACCGUAAAGAUGUAUCGUGAAAAUGCUCGCGCAAUCCGAUCACCUCACUAUCUGUGAUCCGAGGCUCGCCCAUACCCGGGCGGGUAAUACGAACUAAAAAAGAAAAAAAGAAAAAAAGAAAAUUGAAAAAAAAAAAAAACAAGUCGAUAUUAAGCUAUUAACGUUAUGUAAUAGAUAUUCUUCAAGCGAGAAGCGUUCACGUUCCCGCGGAGGACUCCGGGUUACCGAUCGAGGGCUAACGACCUAAUCGAAGUCGCGUCGCCCCCCGCGAAAUUAGACGGUAUCCCCGCGACGAGUAAAAAGCCUCUGGGUCUUUUUAUCGCUCGUCUCUUUCCCUUUUUCUUCGACGCUGUUGUACGAGAACAAAGCGUGAACGCUUCUGUGCAUCGACGCCACCUUUUCCCCUCUCAGCGUCCCAUCGAGCGAAGAUAGCCGAAAGAAACGAAACGACAAAAGCUAGAAAGAGCAUAUU